UGUUCUAAUAUGAAGUUUAUCGUAAGCUGUGCAAUUCUUUGUGCAGUGUUUGUAAUUAUUCAAUCGUCCAAUGUGGUGAAUCAAGAAAGUUUGUAUGGAAAAGAAAAAAGAUCAUCGUACGGUUACUGCAACCCUUCCACAGGCUACCGACGAUCGAAAUGUACCUCCAGACUCAAGAUGAAGACAACAUAUUACAAGGCGUGUGGGUGGCUAUGGAGACGGCGGUGCAAAACUGGAUCCAAGUAUUGGUACAAGACAACUUAUUAUUCCUGCAACAAGAUAUGCUCAGUUACCGGUGGGUGGAGCCGGUGGGGCGGUUGGGGUAGAUGGGGAUUAUGUACUGGUAACUCGUGUAUUGGUCAGCAGUUAAGGCAAAGGUCAAGGAGGUGCAAUAAUCCAAGACCACGGAAUGGCGGGCGGAGAUGCUAUGGAGUUUCCAAACAGACAUCAAAUAAGCCCUGUUUGCGCAGCGUAAACGGAAAGUGGAGUUCAUGGUCAUCCUGGAGGUCAUCUGGCACGUGUUCAACGUCAUGUGGAAGAGGGUCAAUGUUAAGGACCAGGGGGAGGUCCUGUUCAAAUCCCAGGCCCCGGUGUGGUGGAAAAUAUUGCUAUGGUUCACCAAAACAUUGUGUCUUAAAACCCUGCUAUCGGAAACACUGCAUUGUAAAUGGGGGCUGGAGCUCUUGGCACUCGUGGAGUAGGUACGGAACAUGUUCAAAGACAUGUGGAUCUGGGAAAAGACUUAGAUAUCGAGAGAGAUUCUGCACUAAUCCUGUCCCAAAAUACGGAGGAGUACCCUGCAAUGGGAAAAGUAAAGACACGGAUUCAAACAUCUGCAACACCCAACACUGUAAACCUGUGGAUGGCAAAUGGAGUGCAUGGGGAAAUUGGGGUCACUUCCGGCACUGUUCUGAGACCUGUGGGUAUGGUGUGAAGUAUCGAUACCGUUACAGAGCUUGUAAUGACCCUGAACCAGAAAAUGGCGGCAAAAAGUGUCCGGGGUUAUUAAGAGACGAGGAGUUCAAGCGCUGUCAUCUGCGGAAAUGUCCGAAACUUUCUGGAAAUGGGAAGUUCUCUGUUUCAAAGACAACAAUUUCCCCUGACCAGAAAACGAACAAAUACAACCUGACUUCCAGUUCUGAAUUAAACAACACAGGACUUUCUUCUCAAAAGUUGUUAGAAAAGGGAAGUAAUGUCGAAUCAUCGCCAAAUAAUACCCAAUUAAAGGAAGAGGACACCUUCAACAACCUCGGGACCAAUGCAUCGAUGAAAACAUCUAAACUGGAAACCAUUCCGCUAAAUCUUAACAAAACCUCUGAAUAAAUAUGGAAAGGAAAAAAAAAUCGAAUGGCUCUUGAGAAUUGGAUGUCUUAAGCAAUAUAUUUUCGGAAAUUAAAAGUUUGUUCUAUAGUUGUAUGUUUGAUGUU